AUGACAUCUGUCUGUCAGUUUUUCUCCUGGUUCUCGAAGCUGCAGGUUCAGAUGGAUCAGGAUGAAGCGUCAAAGUACAGACUGGAAAACAUAAACACGAAACUGAACUCCCCGACUUUAUCAGUGAACAGCGAGGGAUUCAUCCCGAUGCUUUCCAAACUAGACGAAUGCAUAGAAUACGUCUCAUCACAUCCACAUUUUAAAGACUACCCAGUCUAUCUGACCAAAUUCAAGCAGUGUCUGUCCAGAGCCAUGCUCCUCAUCAAGAGCCACACGGUCAGCAGCCUGCAGAACCUCACGGCUCAGCUCACCAAAAGGGACCCGCUGGGCGCUCCGAACGCAGACAACGCCUUCACGCUCUACUAUGUGAAGUUCAGAGCAGCGGCACCCAAAGUUCGAAGGCUCAUUGAACAAGUUGAACAGCGGUCCAACACAAUCCCAGAGUGAGUGAUUU